CGCACUUUGAUUGAUGUCUUUUGGACCAGUAGUUUUUGAGAAAAGUGAGGAAAAGUACCUCCUCCGCCUGUGUACGGAAGCUGAUUAAUCACAUGCUAACAGGUGUUUCGUAAAGGACGCAAACUUGACUUCAGUAGCGAAAAUGGAUAUUAAAGAUAAGUUAAAUAUAAUCAUUGCAUACAGGAUGGUGCUGAGAGACGUGCUGUCCGAGUGGCUCGGUCAUGGGACGCAACCGACUUUAAACUUACAACAAAAGGUGCAGUUUUAGGAUGUUACCAUGUUGCUGAAGGUGAAAUACCACAGUAUCAAGAAGUACAUCAAAUUGCAAUCAGGCUCCACCUAUUCAGAAUUCAUCAGGGAAGUCAAAACCAAGUUUGGGCUUCCUGACGCUGCUCAACUUAACAUUUUUGAUGAAUCUGACACAGCAGUAGAGGAAGACAUUUUUCUAGAGCUGUUGGAGGCCAAUGCGGACAUAUGCCUGACAGUACGUGACAGCAUUUCAGAUGAAGAUCAUUCUACACCAUCUUCCCUCACAGAUACCAUAUCACUUUCUUCAAGUGACCGUGACCUUACAGAACUGGGUAUUCCCACAGACAGAAAUAGAUCCAGCAAAGAAGACACUACCAGUUCUGCAACAAAGGCUUCCGUGUCAGAGGCAGCAAAGGAGAUGGUAGAAAAUGCCUUGCUUAAAAAGCCUGGAGGAGAGGAUAUUCUUGAAGAGUACAAGUCAGAAAAUUCACUAAUGCACCGCACUCGGAGACAGCUUGUCAACAUAUUGGCGAGUGAUAUUACUGAGAAACAUGGUAGGAUUCCUUCCCGUCAGCAGAAGGAGAAGUAUGCCCUGGGAAUUAUUACUCUGUUUCCCUCACUGAAGGAUCCUUUUUCUCCAAAGGGCUAUGAGCAUUUCUAUGAUGGGGAAAAGGGCACUGGAUAUUUAGCGUGGCGCCUCAAAACCAUUUCCAGGACUUCAGGAAAACGGCCAGUCAAGGAAGCCUCAGUGCAUCAAGCACAAGGACCAAAGCGCCAAAGAUCAGCAACCACACUGCCUCAGCAGCUUGAUGGAGAUGCCUGCAGGGAGGCCAUUUCAUUUCUUGUUCACUCGUCUGAUGAAGCAAGUGUAUUUCAGAAGAUGAAGAUGACGUUUCAGCACCGUCAGGACCUAGUGCAUGACCCACAAAGAAGCACAGAUGUCUUCAAAACAUUUCCACGCUUUUUAGAUGUCAAAGGACUGUUGAAUCAAGACUUCCUGCUGCUGUUUGGUGCUGAAACAGCCUCCAAGAUGCUUGAGAAGUGGGACACCUCAUUUAAGCCCAAGGUCAUCAAAGAGGCCAAAAACCUGACUCAGACAUCUGAGCUGUGCCGACUUCUAAAAGCUGCUGAGAAACUCGCAGAGAACAAUGAAACGGACUGGGACAGUGACAUCGCUUCUGUGCUGCUGCUUCUCUAUCUCUUGCCACCCACAGCUGGACGAAAGAGGACCAAAAUAAGUCCAAGUGAUGCAGUGGACAAAAUGGUGCACUUUCAUAAGUCGUGCUGCAGCAUCAAUGAAUAUGUGCAGGAAAGAGAGGGUAAACAACCAUACAUCCUUGCAGUUGGCCGAACCCAAAAGACAAUUGAUACCUUCUACAUCGCCAUUGACAAACAGCUCAUCCUCUGCCAAGCCACCAGCUCAUUGGGUGCUUUUGAUGAACUGUUUAAAUCCCACUAUGUGUUCAACUUGUCUUAUGAUGAGUCCCUGGUCCAUUUCUACACUUUUUUGCAGACAACUGUCUACAACAUUGAUGUUACCACAACAGAUGAGUCUCCAAGAGUUCGUGAGUUGCGGGCAAAACUUUUGAAUGACAUAUGAAUAUGUCAAGCAGUGCAUGCUACUGUACCAGGGCCUAAUAACUCGUUUGCGGAUCGGCCACAGUUUCUAUCCAGGCACCAAGUUUAAAUUAGUUUGUGCACAAGACCAUUGUAGGCGUCAGUUUUUAACAUUUUUAGGUUUAAAAAAAACAUUUAGUUAGUGUGCAUGAUAAGGGUUAUUGCCAACAGUGUGAUUUACUUCAUAGUAAACAAGCUUUUGGUUGACCAUUUCAGUCAGCACUUUUAUGCCUACGUGUUUGAAAAAGAUGUGAUAAAAGCAGACUGUCUUUAAAUUUACAAGCCUUUUGACUAACAAAGUGCUUGUGGAGAUGAUAGCCUUUCUAUUGUACCAUCUCUGUAAAUGUGCAUAGAAUUCAAGUUGUAUGGUGCUUAGAUAUUUUUGUCUUUAUUAAAAAAAGUAGAAUUCUU